AUGUUAUUAUGGAGAAACUUGGUGUAUAACAUUACCCUACCGUUUAAAAACCUCAACAAGGAGGACAGAAUCAUUCAACUAUGUCGUUUGUUUACAUGUCUUAUAGCAAUAGUGUGUUGUUUGGCAUGUAUAGUUGCACCAAGAGUCACCAAUACAACUUACGCAGCUCGUAUAAACUGUUCACAUUUGGACGUAGCUAAUGGGUUAUACGAAUCGUUGAGAAACUCUGUGACUCAAGUCUUUACGCCAGCGAUUUUCAACGAUCAGAUGAGUGGAACAGGAAAUUCGUUGACGACUAGUGAAAUCAAAUUGAUAACCGAAUAUGCUGAGACACAAGUUGCGGGUAGUCCACAGUACUGUAUUUCAUCGUUGUGGACUUGGUGCUACGGUAAUUAUGAAACAUAUACGGUAGUAGGUAAGGAUGGGGAAAUUUACACUAAAAAGAAAAACGAAGUUUUGACAUGCACUGAUAAAAGCUCCUACGUGUUUGAUUAUAUAAAUCAGUUAGAGUCCAUUGGCUUGGAGAUCAUUUUAGCUUAUGCCUACCAAAGCUCAACAUUUACCACCACACUGUAUGAAAAGCAAGUCAGUUCGAGAAACGCAAAGUUUCAGCUUGCCUUUAAUGGGAUCAUUUUCACUUGUUGUGCACAAUUUGUGAUUUUAAUAUGCAUUUUUGUCAUCUACUCCAACCGUGGCUCUUCAAGAGACUUGUCAAAGAUUCCUUCUUUGGUCUUGCAUGUUGUGACAUUGAUUUCAUUGGCCUCCUCCCUUAGUAUAAUUAUAGGACUGGCGAUGAUCACAAACUUGUUUAUUAUUACAAGAAAUGAAAUUAAGAGCAAAUUGGGCGACUUUGGUGUAACGUUUCAUAUGGGUUCCAAAUGGUUUCUGUUUUUAUCGCUUUCGGCUGUAUUUGCAACACUAUCGCUGAUGUCAUGGAUCUUUCCUAUGUGGUGUGCUAAUCCUCUGAUUAGCCUCACUGAUCAAGAUGACGUAGUGUCCUUUUAUGAAGUACCUACAAGAAGGACAGAGUUUGAGCGACACACUGAUUUCCGUGCCAAAAGAAGCACCGCCAAAUUCAAAUCUUUUGAACCCAAUAGUGGCCAUGGCAGAAACAAAAUAGGAAACAUAUUCCAUAACCCUCGUCAUUCAGCUCACCAGGACGACCACCACGAGGAAGAAAUGCGAAAGCUAGGUGAAUCAUUAUCCAAAAAAUCAUCCGUCCGAAGAACAAAGUCUUUGGGAGCUAGAAAAGCCGAACUUGAAGAGCAGGGGAUCUUGCUAGAUAAUUUUACAUUCAAAGAUGAAUAUCCAACUAUACAAGAAGAGACAUAUGAUGGAUAUUCUAGCAGGUCAGUGUCUAGAUCUGCUCUGGACAAGGUCAGCAGAAAAGUUUCUGACAAAAGACAGCGCCAUUUGAUUCGUGAAGUAAUCAAGAGCCCAUUUGACGAAGAAGAUAAAACGGAUGGUAUAUCGCCAAGAAACUCGUACCUAGAAGAUGACGAGUUGCAACUAUUGGAUAAUCAAAUGUUUAAUUUGAAAAAAUAG